UUUUUUAUUUUUAUUUUUUUUUUUUAAUAUUAGCACUCGUUUGUGUUAAUAUUUAAUUUAUUUGAAUUUCUGGGUGUUGAAUUUAGUUACAGUAGGUAAGGCUGCUGAUGCUUACUUGGCAGCAUUGGCUUUUAAACAACAUGUUUGGAUUGAGCAAGGAGUCGGUACAAGAUUUAGAGGUUGAAAUGUUAAAUUCAAGAAGUGCGAAGGUUGCAAAACAGAAAAGAUUUGUAGAAAUGGUGAGAUUGUGAGAGAGAGAGAGAGAGAGAGAGAGGCAUAAACAUAAAGAGAAUGAUACUUGAGGAGGUAUUGAGAGGUUUGAGAAAGAAGAAGAAUAAGAAGAAUGUUGUGUUGGUUGGGAUUCCAAUUGAUAGCCAGAGCACAGAGCUGCUCGGAUGGGCUCUCGUUAAAGUUGCCGAGCCCGGAGAAUGCGUGAUUGCAGUUCAAGUCUGUCGAAGUUCUGAUUAUGUCUCGAAAACCAAGAAGAUGUUGGAUGGCUACGUAGAGGCUUAUGAGGGGCUACGUGACAUGAAAAAGGUAGAGCUCAUCGGUCAGGUCUUGACAGGAAGGUCAAUCCGAAAAGCUCUAGUUAGAGAGGCGAAAAACCAUUCUACAGUGGCCAUAGUUGUGAGCACAAGUAAGCCAAAAACUCUAGGCGGUUGGGAUUCUACGGCGAAAUUCUGUGCUAAGAAAUUGCCACCGACCACUGAUGUUGUGGCCAUCCACAAUGGGAAAGUUGUGUUCCGACGGUGUACUAGCAAUCAACUACCAGCUUUUGUAGGUCUCACCGAAGAUCCAAGACCAAGUCUUUGCUUUGAGAGUCUCACUCCCAAAGGAUACUCAUCUGAAUUUAGUGACUUCGAGGCGCAUAGAGAAACCCCGAAAUCACCUUUUGAUAUGGCAAAGAGCUCCUUAGAUGGUUCGAAGCACGGCAGUGAAGACACAAAGAAUGAACAAAAGAGAGUGCCUUGGAGAUCAGUUUCACUUGGUGCAGCAGGACAUGUGGAUAAGAACCUUGGUUGGCCCCUACUUCAAAGAGUGAAUUCUGCAGAUCCUCAAUUAUCCACCACAAGGGACAUGUCUGUGGUGCAAUGGGUGAUGAGCUUGCCAGACCGCUCUCCACGGCAGUCUCCUCAGUGUACAACUAUCAAAGAAAAUCCAUUUGAACGAAGUAUUGGUGACAUUGUUCAUGAGAGUAUGGAGGGUAGUUUUCCUGCUUUUGAUAAACUUCCUGAAGGGUUCAAGCGUCUGCUCGAAACAAACUCAUCUGGUUGCAGAUGGUUCAAUCAUGAGCUUCUGAAGGCUUCAACUUCUCAAUUUGCCUCAGAAAAUCUUAUCGGAAAAGGAGGAUGCAACCUAGUGUACAAGGGAACUCUUCCAGAUGGCAAGCCAGUGGCAGUAAAGCUUAUGAAGUCAUCAAAAGGCAUGGAAGGAUUUGUUCAUGAAGCCGAUAUUAUAUCUUCCUUGAAGCACAAACACAUUUUGCCUAUGCUCGGGUUUUGUAUCAAAGACAAUGUUCUCAUUUCUGUUUAUGAUUUCUUACCUAAAGGAAGCUUAGAGGGAAACUUACAUGGCAAGAACAAAGAUAAAUCUGUAUUGUCAUGGGAGGUGAGAUUUAAUGCUGCUAUUGGGAUUGCUGAAGCCCUCAAUUAUCUACAUGGAAAAUGUCCUCAACCAGUUAUUCAUAGAGAUGUCAAGUCCUCCAACAUUCUUCUCACCAAAGAUCUUGAACCACAGUUAUCGGAUUUUGGCCUUGCAAUAUGGGGACCAACAGCUAGAUCUUUUAAGACUGAAUGCGAUGUGGUAGGAACAUUUGGUUAUCUUGCUCCUGAAUAUUUCAUGUAUGGAAAAAUCAGUGACAAGAUUGAUGUUUAUGCAUUUGGAGUGGUCCUUCUUGAAUUAUUAUCAGGACGAAAACCAAUUGGCUCUGAGACUCCCAAAGAACAAGAAAGCUUGGUCAUGUGGGCAAAGCCGAAAAUAGAGAGUGGGGAUGUCAAAGACUUACUGGAUCCGAAUUUGGAUGCAAAGUUCAAUGAGGUUCAGGUGCUAAGAAUGGUUCGGGCAGCAAAACUUUGCAUCACACGCUCAGCUCGCCUUCGUCCAAAAAUGAGUGAGAUACUAAAGCUUCUAAAAGGGGAAUCGGAUGUCGAAAAUCAAGUGAACUCUCAAUUUUUGGACAUAGAGGAGUCAAAAAACCAGGAUGAUAAUGACGAUGAAGUUUAUCCAAACUCGAGCACAGAGUUGCAUUUAGGUCUUGCACUGCUCGAUGUGGAUGAUGAUACAACAACAUCGUCAAGUAGUGUGGAGCGAAGCAACAACCUUUCAUGGGAAGAAUAUUUGAAGGGAAGAUGGAGCAGAUCAUCAAGCUUUGAUUAGCAUCUUUUUCUACUCUCUUAUUUUGUAAGUUUGCCACAUACUUGUGUAGCAAGGAAAUUAGCAUCUAUACACAAUAUAGGAAACCCAAAAAAAAAAGUGUGCACCCAAUGGUUGGGGUGGAUUGUAAAUAAACUUGUACAAUUAAAUCGUUGAAGUGAUAGUGUGAAGGGAUGAAAAUUUGUAGCUUGUUUAAAUUAGCUUGUCAAAAACUCAAUUUUCAACAUGAUCACAGAAUAUGAGGCUGACAUUUUGUAGCUUUGUGGUAUAAUGAAAUUUGUUGUUCAAAGCA